CUCUUUCUUGAGAUUUAUUAUCAUUAAAUUUAUAACUUGAACGGAGUUAUCUAAUUGUCAUAGUGCCGUUGUGACUGUUUAAUAAUAUCUGAUAGUUGUGUGUGCGAAACAAAAAAAACGGAGAUCGCGCGCGCACACACACAUCAACAACCAUACACAGUAAAAGCAUCAGACACAGAUGAUUUUGCCAGUGUUAGCAAGCGUUUCAAUGUAUAUUCACUUUUGGAUGUGAGUUGCUGGCUGCCAUACACCGAGCGAUUAGAGAAAGAAAGCGAAAGAGGCGCACGGACAUCGAUGGUGGACAGAGUGGGAUAGAACAGCACACAAACGAACACCGAAAGAAAAAUCGCUUUUGACGAACGAAACGAAAUGAAAACAACAACACAAUCGUCGAAAAGCAUGCGGUCUGGCAUCGUCGUAUUUCUUUAAUCAGUAUGUGUUUACAGAACGAUACAAGCGAACCAUCGACAAAUACGAACCGAUUUAUUCAUCCGCUCCAGCUCGUGCAUUCAUCAAUAUUCUCGUCGCAACUAAAUACCGAAACGCGAAAAACGAACAGCAAAACUGUAAGACACACACUUCGAACGAAAUAAAGAAAUCAAAUCGUUCAGCGAAAAAACAGUUCGUUUUUUUUGCUUCUCUUCAUAUUUACGAAACAACAAAAUUUUCAAACAGUCGAUUUUGCCGCAACACAAUAGUCAGUCAGUCAGUUACACACAGGAAACAAAUAAAUGUCUUGAAUAAUGUGUGUCAUAAAAAUGUUGGCAUAUUUUAUCGUAGAUUUUUUUCGGCACCGAAUGUAUCCAAAUGGAGAAAAGAUAAAAUAAUUUUCGACAUUAUCGAAGUGAAGCACUUAAACUAGAACUUUGUAUAGACUAUCACAUUCACACAAUCUAUUGGAGUGUUUAAAACAUGAAUUUGUUGAAAUGCAAAAAUUAAUUCCAAAGACCAAAAUUUUUUUUCUUUGCUUCGUUCGGUGAUUGCCAGUGAAACAACAAUAAGUGGAAAUUUUUUGUGAUAUAUUUUAAUAGCGCUGCAAAGCAAAUAAGUGCAACAAAUUUUUGUAAAAGAAAGCAAAAAAAAAAAAAAUAUAUACCGUUAACGUAGUCAUCAAAAACAGCAAACGAACAAUGCAAGUGAAUUUUGUCAUUCAUGUGUGAGCCAAAACGAAUAAAAAUAUAUAUAAAUGUACAUGAUUCGCAAUCUAAUGGACAUUUUCGAUAAAAAUCAAAUCCACCCUUUUCCAAACGUAAUCCAACGGGAAAAUUGAAUUGGCAACUGGACAAAUUACGAACCAAACUAAUCUGCAUAAAAUAUUUAAUGUUUUAAAUUUUAAGUCUUGCUCUUUUAUUGAGUUUGUGUUCAUUGUGUGAUAAAACCAGCGACAGAUUAAGUAAGCGGAAAAAGAGCAAAUCUAUUAUCUUAAUAUCAACUAAAUUUUAGUGAAAAUUACGGCUUUCAUUGUGUGUAUGUGUGUGAAUUAUAAAGCGGCAAUACAAAAAAAAUAUAUUUGUAAAAGAACACCCGCACAGUUUUGUUACAUUGCGUAUUGGAAUUUUGUCGUGUACGCAUUAUUAUGCAAUUUUAUUUACCGCUAUAUAAAAUCAGUCAUCCAAUCCAAUAAAAUUUGCAAACAGACAAAAAUAGGCCAAACCAAAAUUGACAUAUUGCAACGGUUUGAAAAAUUUAAAUGCUUAUUUUUUUGCUGUGUGUGUUGAGUGUGUGUUGCAAAUGCAAGUGAAACAAAAUAAAAAUUAAAUCACAAACAACUAAAAAAGAAAUUCUCCAUUUAAAAUGAUGAUGGAUCGCGAAAGUUUGAGUGAAUGGGCAAAGGACAAGCCAUUAAGCAUACUACAAUUAGAUCCAGCCGAUCGUGCCGUACUCCGAAUCGCAGACGAACGAGAUGCAAUUCAGAAGAAAACAUUCACAAAAUGGGUCAACAAACAUUUAAAAAAGACAUAUACGCACAUUCAUGUUUGUGUUGUCAUCAAUGGAACCUCCUGUUGUUCUCCAUCCGCGUCGAGACGUGUCGAUGAUCUUUUCGAGGAUUUGCGCGAUGGACACAAUCUGCUAUCCCUCCUGGAAGUUCUUUCUGGCGAACAUCUUCCACGAGAAAAAGGCAAGAUGCGUUUUCACAUGCUGCAAAAUGCUCAGAUGGCGCUUGAUUUCCUGCGAUACAAGAAAAUCAAAUUGGUCAACAUUCGGGCCGAAGACAUCGUUGAUGGCAAUCCAAAAUUAACGCUAGGUCUUAUAUGGACAAUUAUUCUACAUUUCCAAAUAUCGGAUAUAGUUGUCGGACAAGAUGACAAUGUGACUGCACGAGAAGCAUUGUUGCGAUGGGCUAGACGCUCAACAGCUCGUUAUCCUGGUGUACGAGUUAAUGAUUUCACUGGAUCGUGGCGUGAUGGUUUGGCAUUUUCAGCGCUGAUCCAUCGCAAUCGACCUGAUUUGCUUGACUGGCGAAAAGCACGAUCAGCUCGACCACGUGAACGAUUAGAAACCGCAUUCCAUGUUGUUGAAAAAGAAUACGGAGUUACACGACUCUUGGAUCCAGAAGAUGUGGACACCAAUGAGCCGGAUGAGAAAUCAAUGAUCACUUACCUCAGUUCAUUGUAUGAUGUAUUCCCUGAGCCACCAUCAUUGCAUCCAUUGUAUGAUAUGGAUUCACAGACACGGGUCCACGAAUACAAAGAUCUUGCCCAUCAAUUGUUGUAUUGGUGCCGUGAAAAGACAUCAUUAUUACAGGAACGUUCGUUCCCAUCAACGUUGCUCGAUCUAAAGCGUUCGUACAACGAUUUAAAUCGAUUCCGUAAUGAAGAAGUGCCACCACGACAACGCGAUAAACAAAAUCUAUUCAAAGUAUACAAAGAGUUGGAGAAAUACUUUGAAUCAAUCGGUGAAGUUGAGGUGGAAUCAGACCUACGGCCUGAGUCAUUGGAAAAGGCAUGGCAUCGUUUGCAAUCGGCUAUUGUUGACCGUGAUACAAUACUCCAACAAGAAAUUCAACGUUUAGAACGUUUACAAAAUUUGGCCGAUAAAUUGCAACGUGACAUUAAACGCACUGAUUCCCAUAUUACCAAACUUGAACAACGAAUCUCCGAAGAAGCCAGACGCAUCGAACGUCUUCAUCCAAUCGAUGCAAAGAACAUUUGCGAAGCUCUCGAAACUGAAAUUCGACAACUCGAAACGCCCAUCCAGGAAAUGAAUGAAGAUUGUUUGGUGCUUAAAGAUGGACGCUAUCCACAAGCAAGUGAUUUACAAAGAAAAGUAACUAAUUUACAUAAACGUUGGUCACAACUUCGUGCCUCAUUCCAUACAAAUUUGGUGCAAAAACUGUCCGGUUUACGUUAUCCCGUCCAAGAAACAACUGUUACAAAACAAACACGUACAGUAAUCGAAGCACGUCAAAUUGAUACUAAUCCAUAUUUCCGUGAUUUACAAGAAUACACGGAAUGGUGCCAAAAUAAAUUGAAAGAACUACUUGCAGCCGAUUAUGGUUCGGAUUUGCCAUCGGUUAAAGCAGAAUUGGAACGUCAUCAACAAGAGGAUCAUACCAUACGGAAUUUCCAUUCGAAGGUGAAUCAUGCCGAACGACAACAAGUCAAUUUUACCGGAGAUGAAUUGAAUCUCUAUCAGCAACGUCUUAGUCAAUUGCAAAAAGUAUACGCUGAACUAUUGAGCACAUCAACGAAACGACUUUCGGAUUUGGAUGCAUUACAAAAUUUCUUGCAAGCAGCCAGCGCCGAAUUACAAUGGUUAAACGAUCGCGAACAAGUCGAAAUUCAACGUGAUUGGGCCGCCAAAGACCUCGAUUUACCAGGCAUUCAUCGAUACUAUGAGAACUUGAUGUCAGAGUUGGAGAAGCGUGAAUUGCACUUCAGUUCGAUUUUGGACCGUGGCGAAGCAUUAUUGGUGCAACAACAUCCAGCCGCCAAAUGUAUUGAAGCUCACUUACAGGCAUUGCAAUCGCAAUGGUCUUGGUUGCUUCAACUCACAUUGUGCUUAGAAGUGCAUUUGAAACAUGCCACUGAAUACCAUAACUUCUUCUCUGAAAUUAAAGAUGCCGAAGCCUGGCUUACAAAACGUGACGAAAUCUUAAACUCGAAAUACUCACAAUCGAACUUCGGAUUGGAUGAAGGUGAACAAUUGUUGCGCGGUAUGCAAGAUUUGCGCGAAGAAUUGAAUGUAUUUGGUGAAACGGUGAAUCUACUGCAGCAACGUGCUCAAACCAUAGUGCCAUUAAAACAACGCAAACAGCCAGUAAAUCGUCAAAUACCAGUUCAGGCAAUUUGUGGCUACAAACAAGGCAAUAUUUCACUUGAAAAGGGUGAAAAUUGUACAUUGAUCGAUACAUCGGGUCGCGUUAAAUGGCGUGUACGUGCAAAUGGUCAAGAAGGACCGGUACCGGGUGCAUGUUUAUUAUUGCCACCACCCGAUCAAGAGGCAAUCGAUGCUGCCGAACGUCUUAAACGCUUAUUCGAUCGUACCGUUGCAUUAUGGCAGAAGAAACAAUUACGUUUGCGACAAAAUAUGAUUUUUGCCACCAUUAAAGUGGUCAAAGGUUGGGAUUUCGAUCAAUUUUUGGCAAUGGGCGCCGAUCAACGUAAUGCAAUUCGUCGUGCUUUGAAUGAUGAUGCCGAUAAAUUGCUGGCUGAAGGUGAUCCAGCUGAUCCACAGCUACGACGCUUACGCCGCGAAAUGGAUGAAGUCAAUAAAUUGUUUGACGACUUCGAGAAACGAGCUCGAGCCGAAGAGGAAAGUAAGCAAGCAACACGCAUUUUCACCGAAGAAUGUAUUGCAUUGAAGAAUAAAUUGGAAGAUAUGGCUCGUGAAUUGGAUCACAUAAUAUUGUCACCAUUGCCACGUGAUUUGGAUUCGCAUGAGCAUGCCGUUCAAAUCCAUGAAGAUUAUCGUCGUCGUUUGCAAAAUCUUGAGCCCGAACUAAAGCAUUUGCAAGAUACAUUCCGUACGAUCACAUUGAAAACACCACAAUUGAAAAAGAGUUUGGACAAUUUGGUGGAAUUAUGGAAGGAAUUGAAUACACAAAAUGGCCUACACGGUGACCGUUUGAAAUUAUUGGGCGAAGCAUUGUUCGGUUUAGAAGAAAAUGAACAGGUCAUAUCCGAUUUGGAGGGAGCAUUGGCUAGACAACAAGAAAUGCCAUCAACAUUGGAGGGCCUUCAAUCGGUGUUGAAGACAUUGAAUGAAUUACAAGAUAAGGUUACAAAACAACAACCACAAAUCGAUAAAAUGAAUGAUUCGGCCGAUCAAUUGGGUCGUAUGGGCGUACCAACAAAGGUGAUUAACGAUUUGAAACGUUUGCACGCAAAUGUUGAACGAUUGAAUGUUCGCUGGAAUAACAUCCGGGCUCAGUUGGCUGACAGAUUGAUUGGUUGCGAAAAUGCCAUCGGAAUCAUGACAAAACUUCAAACAAGCCUUGCCGCCGAAGAAACUUGGGUGGAUGGUGCCACUGAAAAACUAUCAGCACUACCAACAGCAACAUCAGCCCUUGAACUCGAUGAUUUACUUGGAAAAGCUGUUGAACGCACACCAAAAAUAGAACAGGUUAAUUUGAAUGGAGGUCGUUUGUUACGCGAAGCUAAGAUCUACGAUACAAAAUGUUUGCAUUAUACCGAUUGGUUAGUCGAAACACGUCCCAGUUUUUCACCACCAAGACGUGAUCUACGACCGCCCGGUCAAGAUCCUGGCGCCAAUGAAGUGUACACUGAACGACUUGAUACGCUUAACACAAAGUUCCAACGAUUACUGGAACUAUUGUCACAACGUUUGAAGACCGCCGUCGAAGUCAGUGGUGCUGAUGGAUUGCGUUAUGCGGAAAGUUUACGCGAACCGCUUCGAACUUAUCGAUCAGAGUUUGUCAUUGGCAAUACACCUCAGAGCGAUAAUGACAAUGAGGAUGUUUAUACAACAUCGUACAGCACAUCACAAUUUACAACGACAAGAACGUUGCAAACGGAUGUUAAGCGUUUGUUCAGUGAUACAACCGACAAUGGCAACACGAUAAUUGAGCCAAGAGGCAAUAUAUUGAAUAAGCCAGGUGUGAUUGAUCCAAAUUCGGGACGUGUUUUGACCAUUGGCGAGGCAAUACAGUCGCGAAUAUUGGACGUACGAACGGGUGAAAUUGUUGUGAAUCAAGAACGAAUUACAUUGGAAGAGGCAAUCAAACGGAAUUUAAUCGAUGCAUCGUUGGCAAAUAGUUUAUUGCAGCCGGGUGCCGCAUUCCAUGCCGGUAAACCGAUCAGUUUGCUCGAGGUGAUACAACGUGAAAUAUCCGAAGCUGAAAAUGGUUACGAUUCAACUGAAAAACGUAUUAAGCAAGCAGUCAUUGAGAAAUUCAAUUUGUGCGAGGAUAAUUUGUCGGGUCUUUUGAAAUGGAUUGGUCAAAUCGAACAGAAAAUCGCAUCGGUCGGUGGACCAAAGGAAUACAUUGAUGAAUUGCGCAAUCAAAUCAAUUUACUCAAGCAAAUCAAAGAAGAAAUCGAUGGGCAAUCACGACCAGUUGCAUCUUGUUUGGAACAAGUGCGUCAACUUGUAUUAACUGGAGGUGAUGUACUCAGUGCACCAGAAGUAACCAGUCUUGAGAAUUCGGGACGUGAACUUCGUUCACGUGUUGACCGUGCACAAGAUCGCACAUCAAAAUUGCUGAAGAAACUAGGUGCAGCACGCGACGAGCUAAGCAAAUUGAGAUCGGAGCUCGAAGUAUUCAACACCUGGUUGCAAACAAGUCGUCGUACAUUGGAAGAUAAAGAACGUGCUCUAUCUGAUUUGAAUCGUUUGGCAUCACAAUCUGAAUCGAUACGUGAUUUUGUCAGCGAUGUUAUUGCUCAUCAGGCCGAUUUGCGUUUUAUUUCAAUGGCCGCACAAAAGUUCGUCGAUGAAUGCAAAGAUUAUCUUGGUACAUUAAAUGAUUUCCGUACAUCGUUGCCAGAGCGUUUGCAUCAUGUUGAACCAUUAUCGAAUUCGGACAGUCCAAUUCGUAAGGAAGUUCAAUUGGUGUCGGCCCAAUACAAGGAUUUAUUGCAUCGUGCAAAUGCAUUGUCAGACCGUUUGUCUGGUUUGGGUGGUCGUCAACGUGAAUAUCAAGAUGCAUUAGAUAAAGCAACAAAUUGGUUGAAGAGCAUUCAGCCACGAGUGAGUGCAGUUUUAUCCGAUCCAGUAGCAGCUGAUCCACAAUCAGUACAAGAACAAAUGAACGAAACGAAAGCAUUACACAAAGAGUUUUUGAAUCAAGGCCGUUUAAUUGAUAAUGCACAACAAGCAUUGAAUGCAUUAUUGAAAUCAAUGUCCGGCCAAUUGAGCCCAUCCGAGGUGUCCGCUUUAGAAGUGCCGGUUGAACAACUUAAGGACAAAUAUAAUCAAUUACUAGAAUCACUCGGUGAUAGAUGCAAGUUGUUGGACACGGCACUCGUACAAUCACAAGGCGUUCAAGAUGCAUUGGAUGGUCUCGGCAAUUGGGUCAAUCAAACCGAAGACAAAUUUAAAUUACAAUUCCGUCCAGCUUCGUUGAUCAAAGAACGUUUACAAGAGCAAAUUCGUGAACAUCGUUCCCUUUUGGCCGAUUUGGAAUCACAUCAAGCCAGUAUCGAAAGUGUAACAGCAUCAGCAAAUGAUUUAACUGCGACUGCAUCAAAUGCACGUAUUGCCAAAAAGAUUCAAGGUAAAUUACAAGAUGUUGUCGGCAAAUACGAGAAAUUGUAUGACAAAGCACUCAAACGUGGUGAAUUCUUGGACGAAACAUUGGUUCAACUCGAUAAAUUCAACGAUGAAAGCUCAAGUGUUGAAACUGAAUUGUGUAACAUUCAAGAGGCUCUUGAAAAUCGUGAUUUGGUCACACUUUCAGUUGACGAACUAUCGACACGCAUGAAUGAAUUGAAUCGUAUCAAAGAUCAUAUUCGGCCAUUGUUCGAGGAUUGUGUACAUCAAGGUAAAGAUUUGGUGGGUAAACGUGAUGUUACCGACACUGGACCGGUACGUGAUCGUGUCAAAGCAUUGGAAAAUCAAUGGAAAAAUCUCGAUGUUUCGAUCAGUGAAAAGGCCAAAUUGUCAAAACAACGUGCCGAACAACAUAAUGCCUAUGAAAAUUUGAAGAAUCAAGUGAACGCAUGGUUGACCAGCAUUGAAAAUCGAACAAAUUCUUUGGCACCGAUCGCCAUUGAUUUGAACACCAUUAAUCGCCAAAUUGAAGAAAUGAAACCACUUGCAAAAGAACAUCGUGACUAUGCACCAACCAUUGAUAAAAUUAAUGAUUUGGGCACACAAUAUGAUUCAUUGAUUCGUCCAGAAAGUCCAUCACGAAAACGUUCGAGCUAUAGUCCAAUUAAACGCACAACCGCAAGCCCAUUGCGUCGUCUAUCGGGCGAUGGUCGUUCACCGUCACCUACCAAAGGAAGUCCGUCCGUUUCACCAUUGUCACCGGGUGGUUCUAGUGGAUUUGGAAGUCGACGAUCGUCGCAAGACGGUUUUCAACUUUCCGAUUUGUCGCCAAUCCAACAGCAACUCAACGAAAUCAAUAAUCGUUACAGUUUGGUCGGUGUACGUUUGAGCGAUCGUCAAAAUGAAUUGGACAGUUUACGUGAUGAGGUGAAGAGACAUCAUGAAAAUCUAAAAUCACUAUCGGCUUUCUUGGACAAAAUUCAACGUCAAGUGCCAAAGGAUACCAUUUCAAAUAAGGAUGAUGCUGAGAAAUGUACGCGUCAAGCACGUAAAGUAUUGGAAGAAAUGUAUGAAAAGCAAAGCUUGCUUGACUCAACCAAAUCCCAAAUUAAAGAUUUACUACGUCGCAAACCAGACGUACAGGGUGCUGAUCAAUUGAAGGCCGAAUUAGAUGAGGUGGCCGAACGUUGGAAGAAUCUCAACGAUUUGUGCAAGAAUCGAAUUGAUUUCUCGGAACAAAUACGCGAUUUCCUCGAUACACAUGACAAUUUGAACAAUUGGUUAGUAGCCAAAGAACGUAUGUUAACCGUAUUGGGACCAAUUUCAUCUGAUCCACGUAUGGUGCAAUCACAAGUACAACAAGUGCAAGUAUUGCGUGAAGAAUUCCGUACACAGCAACCACAAUUGAAGCAUUUACAAGAUAUUGGUCACAAUAUUUUGGAUCAACUCAAUCCAGCUUCCACCGAAAGCAAAUCGGUGUCGACGAAAUUACAAAAUGUACAAGACAAAUGGGACGAUUUGGUGGGUCGUUUGGAUGAACGUGCACAAAGUUUGGGCGCUGCUGCCGAUACCAGCAAAGAAUUUGAUGCAGGCCUUAGCCGUCUACGUGAUGCACUACAAAAGAUAAGUGAUGAUUUGGAUAAAGUAGCCAGCGACGGUGAUCAUCAAGAGAAUUUACGUAAAAUUGACAAUUUGGAUCGUCAAUUAGAAGGUCAACGUCCAUUGUUGGCCGAUGCCGAAGCAGCCGGUGCUGCAUUGUGCAAUGUAUUGAGCGAUCCAGCAUCACGUGCCGAUGUAAAUACACGUCUUGGUGCCAUUGGCAAACAAUAUCAAGCAUUGCAAAAGAAAUUGGACAAUCGUAAAGCCGAAACGGAAGCCGCACUUCGUGAUGGCCGUCAAUUUGGCGAAAGUUGUGCACGUACAUUGGGUUGGUUGUCGGGUGAAUUGGGCAAUCUUAGCGAACGUUUGCUCAUUUCUGCUCAUAAACCAACAUUACAACAUCAAAUCGAUACACACGAACCAGUUUAUCGUGAAGUUAUGGCACGCGAACAUGAAAUUAUUAUGCUAUUGAAUAAGGGCAAAGAACUUCAAAAUCGGCCCGGCAUUCUCAGCAGUGAUCGUACGAUUCAACGUGAUUUGGAUAAGAUUUCACAACAAUGGGAGAAAUUGCGUCGUGAUGUAGUCGAUCGACAUUCACGGCUGCAAACCAGCAUGGAACAUUGUAAGAAAUAUCUUGUUGCAUCCGAAACAUUCUUUGCAUGGUUGAGAUCGGCUGAAGAUAAAUUGGCUUCAUUGAAACCAGGAGUUUUGAAAAAGUCACAGCUUGAUCAGCAAUUGAAGGAUUUACAAGCGUUCCGCAGUGAAGUAUGGAAGCGUUCCGGUGAAUAUGAUAAUGCACGUGGUCUUGGUGAAACAUUCCUUGCAUCGUGCGACGUUGACAAAGAACCGGUCAAAGCUGAAUUGCAAGACAUGAAAGAACGAUGGGAAAAAUUGAAAAAUGACCUUUUGAUACGUGAACAAGCGCUCGAAUCGUGCGAUCGUCGUCUACGUGAAUUUAACGAUGAUUUACGUAAUUUGGAUAAUCGUGUUGGUCGAUGCGAAGAUCGAUUGGGUGCUCAUGAUGCUUUGGGCGGUGCCGGCAAAGAUCCAAAACUAUUGGAACGUGUCAAGGCCAUCCGUGAAGAUGUGAACGAAUUGAAGAAACCAUUACAAUCGUUACGUAAAUUGGCCAGUGAUAUAAAUGCCGAGACUCGUGCUGCCGGCGGUGAUGCCAAUCAUUUGGAGGGUGAAGUUGAAGCAAUUGGUGAUCGCAUCGAUGAUUUACAAGCUCGUUUGGAUGAUCGUUGUGGUGAAUUACAAUCGGCCGCCACAGCAGUUACUCAAUUCAAUGAAAAGGUCAAGAAUUUGGGCGUAGAUUUAACCGAAUUGGAAAAUAUUGUCGACGGUUUACCAGCACCGGGUCGUGAAAUAAAGGUGGUUAAGAGUCAAUUGAAUGAUGUCGAUCGUAUCAUUGGCAAAAUUCAACAAGCUGCUGAAAAUGUUGACGAAGUUGAACAUGCCGGCGAACAAUUGGUCGAUGCUGGUUUCUCACCAGACACCAUUCAAACACGUGAACAAAUUGCCGGCCUACGUAAAACAGUGCGUCGUUUGGAAAAUCGUACAAGAGACCACGAGGAUCUAUUGAAGAAGGCUUUUAAACAAUUGGAAAACUUCUACGAUUCGUACACCAAUACAAUCGAUGACCUCGGUGAAGUGGCCGAUGAAAUUCGUAAAUUGAAACCGGUCAGCUCGGAAUUAGAUCAAAUUCGUAAUCAACAAGAGGACUUACGUCAUUUGCGCAAUAAAGUUGUUGAACCAUUGGCCCAUACAGUUGCCGAAGUGAAUCGUUUAGGUUCUGAUCUAGUGCGUACAGCACAAAGCGGCGUUUCAACUGCCGUUCUCGAAAAAGAUUUGGAAAAAUUGAACGAAAAAUGGAAUGACAUCAAAGAAGCGUUGAAUUUGAGAGAACGUAAAUUGGAUGUAGCUUUAUUACAAUCAGGUAAAUUCCAAGAAGCUCUCGACAGUCUAUCGAAAUGGUUGGGUGACAUUGAAGAAAUGGUUGCCAAUCAAAAGCCACCAAGUGCCGACUACAAGGUCGUCAAGGCACAAUUGCAAGAGCAAAAAUUCUUGAAAAAACUUUUGUUGGAUCGUCAAAAUUCAAUGUCAUCAUUGGCUCAAUUGGGACAAGAAGUGGUUAGUAAUUGUGAUCCAUCUGAAAAGGCAGCCAUCGAAGGUCAAUUGAAAGAGCUUAAAAAUCGAUUCAAUGCACUCACUGAUGCAGCCGAAAAUCGUACACGUGAUCUUGAAGAAGCAAUGAAAGUGGCCAAAUUAUUCCAAGACCGUCUCAUACCGUUGACACGUUGGUUAGACGGAACUGAACGUGCCAUUAAGAAUAUGGAAUUGAUACCAACCGACGAAGAGAAAAUCCAACAACGUAUUCGUGAGCAUGAUGCAUUGCAUGAUGAAAUUUUGGGUAAAAAACCCGAUUUCUCCGAAUUGACCGACAUUGCGGGUCAAUUAAUGGUGUUGGUUGGCGAAGAUGAGGCCAUUGGUUUGGGUGAAAAGGUUCGUGGUAUUACCGAUCGUUAUACCAAUUUGGUCGAUGCCAGUGAUAAUGUUGGUCAAUUAUUGGCCGAAUCACGACAAGGAUUACGUCAUUUGGUAUUGACGUAUCAAGAAUUGAUUGCCUGGAUGGAAAGUAUGGAACAACGUUUGGCACGUUAUCGUGUCAUUCCAGUGCAUACCGAUAAAUUGCUCGAACAAAUGGACAUUUUGGUUGAAUUGAAUGAAGACAUUGCUCGACGUGCACCAAAUGUUGAAUCAACCGUUGAAGCCGGUUCCGAACUUAUGAAACACAUCACCGCCGACGAAGCCAUUCAAUUGAAAGAUAAAUUGGAUUCGAUUCAACGUCGUUACGGUGAGCUCACCAAUAAAGGUGGUGAUUUGCUUAAGAGCUAUCAAGCCGCUUUGCCAAUUGUACAGAAAUUCUACGAUGCCCAUAAUCGUUUGGUUGAAUGGAUGCAAGGUGCUGAAGGUGCAUUGGCCACAGGAGAUCCACGUGAAAGUGAUAUUUUACGUUUGGAAGGUGAAUUGAGCGAAAUGCGACCAGUGCUCGAAACUGUUAAUUUGGUUGGACCACAAUUGUGCCAAUUAUCACCGGGCGAAGGUGCUUCGACUAUUGAAAGUUUGGUUACACGUGACAAUCGUCGUUUUGAUGCGAUUGUCGAACAAAUUCAACGUAAAGCCGAACGUUUACAUCUCAGCAAAUUGCGUUCAAAGGAAGUUACCGGCGAUUUGGAUGAAUUACUUGAAUGGUUCCGUGAUAUGGACGCUUCAUUGCGUGACGCUGAUCCACCAGCAAUGGAACCAAAAUUGGUGCGUGCACAAUUACAAGAGCAUCGAUCAAUUAAUGAUGAUAUUUCAAGCCAAAAGGGUCGUGUACGUGAUGUAACAGCUGCGGCCAAAAAAGUCUUACGCGAAUCCCAACCAAAUGACAAUACAGUUGCAUUGCGUGAAAAAUUAGAAGAUUUGAAAGAAGUCGUUGAUACAGUUGUUAAUUUGUGUGCUGAACGUUUAUCGAUUUUGGAACAAGCAUUACCAUUAUCCGAACAUUUUGCCGAUUCGCACAAUACAUUCACGUUGUGGUUGGACGAUAUGGAACAUCAAAUAUCGGUGCUUAGCAUGCCAGCUUUGCGUCCCGAUCAAAUUGCCAUUCAACAAGAUAAAAACGAGCGUCUCGUUCAAUCGAUUUCCGAACACAAACCAUUGCUGGACAAACUUAACAAGACCGGCGAAGCACUUUCUGGUCUCGUUGCCGACGAAGAUGCUGCCAAAAUACACGAAAUUCUUGACAACGACAAUGCUCGUUAUGCCGCACUCCGAACUGAAUUGCGUGAACGUCAACAAGCAUUGGAACAAGCAUUACAAGAAUCCAGUCAAUUUGCCGACAAAUUGGAAGGAAUGUUGCGUGCGCUAUCAAAUACUGCUGAUCAAGUGAAUCAAUCUGAACCAAUAUCGGUUCAUCCACCAAAGAUUCGCGAGCAAAUCGAAGACAAUGCCGCAAUCAUCGAUGAUUUGGACAAACGUGAAGAUGCAUAUUCGACUGUACAACGGGCUGCCAACGAUAUUAUUGCCAAGGCUGGUAAUAAAUCCGAUCCAGCUGUUAAGGAUAUCAAAAAUAAACUUGACAAACUCAAUAAAUUAUGGAAUGAUUUACAAAAUGCAACAUCUAAACGUGGUGCCGCAUUGGACGAUGCACUAACGGCAGCCGAGAAAUUCUGGCGUCAAUUGCAAGAGGUGAUGGAAACAUUAAAGGAUCUUGAAGAAACGUUAACGUCACAAGAGCCACCAGCCGCUCAACCGGCCGAAAUUAAGAAACAACAAAUUGCAUUGCAAGAAAUCCACCAGGAAAUGAACCAAACGAAACCCGAUGUUGAGCAAGUGCGUCGCAAUGGCAACAAUUUGAUGUUGUUAUGUGGCGAACCAGAGAAACCAGAAGUUAAGAAACACAUCGAAGAUUUGGAUCAUGCUUGGGAUAAUAUUACCGCAUUGUAUGCAAGACGUGAAGAGAAUCUCAUCGAUGCCAUGGAUAAAGCAAUGGAAUUCCAUGAAACAUUACAAAAACUAUUGGAAUUCUUGGCCAAAGCCGAAGAUCGGUUUGUCAAUUUGGGUCCAAUUGGCGCUGACAUUGAUGCCGUUAAGAAACAAAUCGAACAACUUAGACGCUUCAAAGACGAUGUCGAUCCAUAUAUGGUUGAAGUUGAGGCUUUGAACAGGGCUAUCGGAAGACAAGCCAUCGAUUUGACAGAACGAACAACACCUGAGCAAGCAGCUUCAAUUCGUGAACCAUUGAACACAGUGAAUCGUCGAUGGGAGAAUUUGUUGCGUGGUAUGGUCGACAGACAAAAGCAACUUGAACAUGCACUGUUACAUCUCGGUCAAUUCCAACAUGCCCUCAACGAACUUUUGGUAUGGAUUAAUAAAACCGACAACACACUGGAUCAACUCAAACCCAUUCCUGGCGAUCCACAAUUGCUCGAAGUUGAAUUGGCUAAAUUGAAGGUGCUAGCAAAUGAUAUCCAAGCGCAUCAAAGCUCCGUUGAUACACUCAACGAUGCUGGUCGUCAAUUGAUCGAAAGCGAACGUGGUUCGACCGAAGCAUCAACCACACAAGAGAAACUCAGUAAAUUGAACAAUCAAUGGCGUGAAUUAUUGCAAAAGGCGGCCGAUCGAAAACAUGAACUCGAAGAAGCAUUACACGAUGCCCAAACGUUCAUUGCCGAAGUGCAAGAUAUUCUCGGUUGGUUGGGUGAUGUUGAUGCUGUAAUUGGUGCAAGCAAACCAGUCGGUGGAUUACCCGAAACCGCAUCCGAACAAUUGGAACGAUUCAUGGAAAUUUUUAAUGAAUUAGAAGAGAAUCGUCCAAAGGUUGAAACAUUACAGGCUCAAGGUCAAGAAUAUCUCAAGAAACAAGAACAAUUGAAAAAGACACCAUCAAGCAAUUUACAACACACAUUGCGUACAUUGAAACAACGAUGGGAAGCGGUUUUGUCACGUGCAUCCGACAAAAAGAUCAAAUUGGAAAUUGCAUUGAAAGAAGCCACUGAAUUCCAUGAUGCACUUCAAGCAUUCGUUGAAUGGUUGACAUCGGCCGAAAAACAAUUGGCCAGCGCAUCGUCUGUGUCGCGUGUUCUUCAAACCAUUCAACAUCAAAUUGAAGAACAUAAAAUUUUACAAAAAGACGUGUCCAUUCAUCGUGAAGCAAUGCUAUUGUUGGACAAAAAGGGAACACAUCUAAAAUACUUUAGUCAAAAACAAGAUGUAAUUUUGAUCAAAAAUCUAUUGGUAUCGGUGCAACAUCGUUGGGAACGUGUUGUUGCCAAAGCAGCCGAACGUACACGUGCACUUGAUCACGGUUACAAGGAGGCCAAAGAAUUCCAUGAUGCUUGGCAUAGUUUAUUGACGUGGUUACGUGAAACCGAUGCCAAUCUUGAACAAUUAGCCGAAGAAGCGGCGGCCAGCAACGAUGCAGCCAAGAUUAAGAAACAUUUGGAUCGUUUGAAGGAUACACAACGUAAUUUGUCCGGUAAACAAGGUCAAUACGAUACGACAAUGCGAAGUGGAAAGAAUCUCAUUGAUCGAGCACCAAAGAGUGAUGAACCAACUCUAGCGGGUAUGUUGACCGAAUUGAAAGAAGCAUGGACACGAGUAUGCUCGAAGAGUGUUGAUCGUCAACGUAAAUUGGAAGAAGCUCUUUUGUUAUCUGGCCAAUUCUCUGAUGCCUUACAAGCUCUGCUCGAUUGGUUGCGCAAAACAAAGAAUCGCCUAUCCGAAGAUGGGCCAGUUCAUGGUGACCUCGAAACGGUUACACAAUUGGUUGAACAGCACAAAACUUUGGAAUCCGAUUUGAGUAAACGUGCCACACAAAUGCAAAGCGUAUUGAAAACGGGCAAAGAACUUGAACGCAACGAUAAUAAUCGUGAAAUUUCCAAAUCACUCAAUGAAGUACAACGUUUAUGGAGCGAUGUCACCGAUUUGAGCGAACGACGUGGCCGAAAACUGCAAGAUGCUCUACGCGAAGCUGAACGUUUGCACAAACAAGUGCAUAUGCUACUCGAAUGGCUAUCAGAUGCUGAACAAAAACUUCGGUUUGCCGCUUCGAUACCAGAUGAUGAAGCGCAUGCACGUGAAUUGCUCAAUUUGCACACACAAUUCCAAAAGGAAUUACGCGAAAAAGAAUUCGAAAAAGAUGACACCAUUCGAUUGGCAAAUAGCAUUUUGGACAAAGCACAUCCGGACGCCAUUCCAAUCAUCAAGAAUUGGAUUACAAUUAUUCAAUCACGAUGGGAUGAAGUGUCACAAUGGGCCAUCAGCCGGGAAAAUAAACUGAAAGGACAUUUACAAACAUUACGCGAUUUGGACGACUCAAUCGAAGAACUGUUGGCCUGGUUGACUGGACUCGAAGCAACAUUACUUAACUUGGAACGUGAACCAUUGCCGGAUGAAAUUCCAGCAGUCGAACAACUUAUUGCCGAUCAUAAAGAAUUCAUGGAAAAUACUGCUCGCCGUCAACCAGAAGUGGAUCGUGCAUGCAAACCAAAAGUACCACCAGCAGGCACAAAAGAACCAGCCGGCCGUAAACCAUCACGACAACUCAAGACACCAGUACGUGGAUCAAGACAUGAUAUCCGUGACCAAUCACCAGAAUAUGGUACAAUGGGUAGAAAACAAAGCUUCAAAGGAUCUCGUGAUCAGGGUCUCAAUGCACGUAGAACAAGUCGCGCUAGCCCAGCACGUGAUACUCCCGAACGUGAACGCUUGCCACAUUACGGACCAAGAUUCCCUCAACAAAGCAGUGGUGCCGAAAUGGAAUUCCGUUCACCACGCGCUCACACAUUGUGGGAUAAAUGGCGCCACGUGUGGAUGUUGGCAUGGGAACGUCAACGUCGUCUUCACGAUCAUUUGAUGCAUUUGCAUGACUUGGAACGUGUUCGCCAAUUCAGUUGGGACGAUUGGCGCAAGCGAUUCUUGAAAUUCAUGAACCACAAGAAAUCACGCUUGACAGAUUUGUUCCGUAAAAUGGACAAGGAUAACAAUGGACUCAUACCUAGAGACAUCUUUAUCGAUGGCAUCAUCAAUACCAAAUUCGAUACAUCACGUUUGGAAAUGGGUGCUGUCGCCGAUUUGUUUGAUCGCAAUGGUGAGGGACUCAUUGAUUGGCAAGAAUUUAUUGCAGCCCUACGACCCGAUUGGCAAGAUCGCAAACCACCAAGCGAUGCCGACAAAAUCCACGAUGAAGUCAAACGUUUGGUCAUGUUGUGUACAUGUCGACAGAAAUUCCGUGUCUUCCAAGUUGGCGAAGGAAAAUACCGCUUUGGUGAUUCGCAAAAAUUGCGACUUGUUCGUAUUUUGCGUAGUACUGUGAUGGUUCGUGUUGGCGGCGGUUGGGUAGCUCUCGAUGAAUUCUUGAUCAAGAACGAUCCAUGCCGAGCCGACGAACAUUUAGCCGAAUUAAUGCCAAUAUUUGAACGUUUGCGUGCUCAAGAGCAAAUACCAUGUGUAUAUCCACUUCAUAUGGGUGCUGGUGGAACAGCAUUCAUUCGUGGUGGAAGUUCACGUUCAACUCCACUUAGCCCACAUGCUCCACAUUGCCAUCCGUCGACACAUUGGGUUCGCGAAAAAUCAUCUCGUUCGGUGGCCAUGUCACGACCAUCACGAUCAUCAUUGUCAGCCUCAACGCCAGAUUCAUUGAGUGACAACGAAAGCAGCUUAGGCGGACGUUAUACACCACGUAAACCAUCGUAUACACCAAGCCGAGGUUUUACACCGGGCGGUUCAAAACCAAAUUCACGACCAGGAUCAAAACCACCAUCACGACAUGGUUCAUCAUUGUCACUUGACAGCACCGACGACGCAACACCGACGCGCAUUCCACAAAGACGUCUUGGUUCAACGACACCAAGCGGCAGCUCACAGAGACCAUCGAGAUUGUCUGUGACCGGUUCAACGAUAACCAAAGUCACCGGUAACGAUGGCAUUUCAGCGUUUGGUAGCACAAUUUCACGCCCAAGAACACCUUCCAAUUCUGCCAGCCCGGCACCAACGAGGAAUGGCAGCAUAAGUAGAUCAUCAAGUAUACCAACGCUGGUAUCAGGUAUUCCAACAAGCACAAGUCGAUCACGAAUUCCGGUAUCAGUUCGUCAAAAAUCAUUGGAUAAACAAAGCCCAAUAACAUCGCAACCAUCACAGGCGUUCGGUUGCUCAUCAACGGGACGAAAUGUGAGCGGAAGUACGACACCAUCCGGUAUGAGAACACCACGAAAACCAUCAGCUGAUCCAGUAUUACCAUCAUCGGAACGUAAAGGAAGCCGUGGAACAACACCGAGCGGCACACGGGAACCAUUUCGACUAUAAAUCACAUCUCUAACAAAAUACAAUUUCGAAAUAGCACCGCAUUUAUACACACAUUUCCUUUUCGAAAGGAAACCAUUUUAGAACCAACAACAUAUAGAUAUUAACAAUAUAAUCAAAAAACAAAAUCGAAACAGUAUGACACAUAUUCACACAUACAUACAUACACACAUCGAACCGACAUUAUACCCGGAUCAAAAACAAAAUUAUAUAGUUAUUCAAUUGCUGAAUAUCGCACGAUUUUAAAAGAAAAAUUCUAUAUGGUUCCAAACAACAAAUUAGGAGAAAAAAACCAAAUCGAAAUAUGAAAAGAAGUAGAACGAAUUAAAUUUGCUCAUCAUUUGGCCAUACGUUUUAUACGCAGGACACAUUUUGUGAAAAUUGUAUGUAAAAAAAAUAAAACCAGCAUGAAGAAGUAAGGCGGUCUCUUUUCAAAAGGAAAACCAACGACAUCAUCAAGAAAAAAAAAUGUAGUUACAAAAAAAUAAAUUAACAAUUAUAAAUACUUUAAUAUGUAUAAAAAAAAAUAACAUCGUUAAAAUCUACUAAUAUAUCGAAUACAACAACAAAAUGAAGAAAAGUAUUAAAUUUGAAGGGAAUUGGAGGUGAAAUAGAAAGUGAAUCGUGUCGAUGCCUCAAUUGCAACUGAUCGCCAGCAGUUCAAUAACAACACACACGCCGAUUUCUCCUAUUGAACGAUUUAUAAAUCGCCAGUUAUUUUUCAUUCGAUAUGACAAAUCAUUGCAUCGUAUACACACACUUGGUGCUUGGCACGCCUCCACAUUUCAUUCGUCUUCUUUUUUUUUGAGAUCAAGAAAACUGAGAAAAACGAAAGAGAAAAAAAAA